GUAACUACGUAAACAGCGUAAAAUCCGUAAACUUACGAACGUUUACAAACAGCUUCCCGUGAAUUCACUUUUGUAAUUAUUUUCGUAAAAAUUUAUCUGAUAAUCGAAACAAAAUGCCGAUCAUUUCCAGAAAACGGAAAUUAAUGGAAGAAAUUUGUGAAGCUGCAUUUAUUGAUAUAAUAAAUAGUCCUACACAGGCAGAUAUCAUUUUCGAUAACGCGAUAGAUGAUGUUCUGACCAUUUCUACGUACCGUCUUUCUGUUCCACGAUUAUUUGUCCCGAAGUCAGAUGAUUGGUUCCGAAGAAUCUUGCCAAACUACUCCGACGACUAUUUCAAAAAAUUUAUGCGAGUCUCUCGAAAGGAUUUCACUCUCAUUCUGCGGAUGAUAGAAAACAGCAACGUCUUUAAGUCCAACAGUCGUCAACAACUAAAAGUCGACCAGCAACUCGCCAUAACACUUCAUAAGUUAGGGCAUGACGGAACCGGAAGCGGGGUAUCUACUACGGCAGCGUUGUUUGGAGUUGGUGGGGGUGGUACCAUAUUGAAAGUGGUCACUCGAGUUCUAAAGGCAAUUUUAGAAUUAGAAAAAGAUUGGAUAAGAUGGCCAGACGAAACCGAACGAUUGGAAAUUGCAAGGAAUAUGGUUGACCAACUUCCAAAUUGUAUUGGAUAUAUUGACGGAUCUCACAUCAACCUUGAAGAAGCACCACUGGAUGACCCCGAGUCAUAUUUUACGCGAAAGCAGCGUUACGCCAUCCAACUGCAAGCCGUUUGUGACAACAAUAAGAUGAUCAGGAGCAUUUUUGUCGGAUAUCCGGGCUCGGUUCAUGAUGCUAGAGUUUUUGCUAACUCAGAAAUCGGGAAAAAUCCAGAAAAAUUUUUGGACAGAGGUCAGUGGAUUGCCGGGGAUUCAGCCUACAAAAAUACGGACUACAUGAUAACACCGUUCAAAAAUAAUGCGUCAACUGGAACCACUGCGGAGAGACGGCGAUUUAACAAGUAUUUAUCGGGAUUUCGUGGCAAGAUAGAAUGCUGCUUUGGAAUUAUUAAAGAAACUUUUGGGAGUUUAAAGGAAUGGCGAAUUCGUGUGGAUAGGUCAAAUGGACACACGCUGGCUUGUUCGUGGAUCAGGGGGUGUAUUAUUUUGUACAACAUUCUGAAGGACUCGUUUACUGAAUCGGAGGAAAUUAAUAUAGAAGUUGAUGAUGAUGCCCAAGAAGGAAAUCAUGACCAAGGGGAUGAUUACAAACGCAACGCUUUAUUUCAAUUUGUUAAUGGAAAACUCAACAUGAUGUGA